AUGGCUAUUGGAUACAUUCUGGGUCUCCUCGCCCAGACACGCUUGGGUUUUGCGGCUGAGUCUUCCAUAACUGCCGGCUGCAGUCAAGCAUGCUCCCAAUUGAUGGAGGAGUUCGGCUCUGCCGUCCAUCUGGGUAGCAACGACACUUCCUUCGCGAUAUGGGACAUGAAGCAGCAGGAGGUUCUUCCCGCCUGCCGGGUAGAGCCGACGACUGCUUCCCAGGUAUCAAGGAUCGUCGAGAUCACCGUUGAUAACUGGUGCCGCUUCGCGAUCAAGGGCGGCGGACACAUGACAAACUUGGACGCCUCCAACUCUGUCGGUGGUAUUACGAUCGAUUUGCACCUCAUGGACCACAUUGAGAUCUCAGAGGACCGCACGAAAGCGAAUCUUGGGCCUGGUCAUGUUCUUCGCAACGCUUACUUGGCACUGGAGAAAUACAAUCUUACGAUGGUGGGCGGAAGAACUGCCGACGUUGGACUCCCGGGGUUCACUAUCGGUGGUGGACUUUCUGACCUUGGACCACAAUAUGGCUUGGCCGUGGAUAAUGUCUGGGAAUAUCAGCUCGUGCUGCCGAAUGCCACCAUUGUGAACGUCUCCGAGACUGCUCAUCCAGACCUAUACUUUGCUCUGCGUGGAGGCGGCAAUAAUUUCGGUCUCAUUACCAACUUCCGCUCGCGACUCGUACCGCAAGGUCAGAAGUGGGGUGGCUCGAGAACCUACAACGUCAACUACACUGAUCAGCUCGUCGAUCAGUCCUAUCAACUGGCGACCAGUUUGGCCGUUGACACGUACAUGUCUUUUUGGACUCGCAACUCCUACGACGCUGCCAGUGAUCGAUUCAGCAUGAGUGUUUCACAAGCAUACUAUGAACCUGUUGUUGAGCCCCCUGUCUUCGCCGAGUUGAACAAAAUUCCUUAUGAAACGAGCAUUCUUCGCGUCGACUGGAUGAGCAACCACAGUCUUGAUAGCGUCUCUCCCCAUGGAUUACGUCGUGUUUAUGCUUCCAUUACCUUCCGCCCUUCUCUUGUUCUGCACAAGCAAUUGAUAAACAUCUACACGGAAGAAUUUACAGGUGUCAAGACCACUCCGGGUAUCUCCUCGUCGCUGGUCGUUCAGGGCUUGCACAAGAACGCCAUCGAUGCCAUGAAAGUGAGGGGAGGGAAUGCUCUCGGCGUUGAGUCUGAUGGCCCAUUGAUGAUUGCACUUCUCACUCUCGGAUGGUCUGACUCGGGUGAUGAUGCGGCGAUGUAUGCCUAUGCCGACCGAGUCAUUAACCGAUCCAAGGCUGAAGCUGAGUCGAUGGACUUGUUGCACCCAUGGCUGUACAUCAACUAUGCAAACUACAAUCAAGACCCUUUCUCGGGAUAUGGAAAGAAGAACAAGAACAGACUCCGAGAAAUCCAGAAGGCGAUUGACCCGAGAGGAGUUUUCACCUCCCAAGGCCUGGUUAGAGGAUCAUUCAAGCUCAACUGAAUCUUAUUCUAGACCUCUCCUUUUCACAGCCAGGGUAGGAUGACAAGCUCCAACAAAAUCUGGUUUUGAGGAACGCGUGUCAUGUGUACAUAGACGGAUCUCGAGCCUAGUUACAUGUAGAUGUACGUGACUCGAUUGAUACAUGCUCGAGUAAACCUCUCUGAUUCAUAAGUACGACUAGAGAAUAUGUGUUGAGCAGACUGGAA